UCGCUGAGGCCUCCUGGAUUUUUUUCGUUUCGUCUUUCCGUACGUCGACGCCGUCGAAAGUAACUGGAGCAGCCGCAUACCCGGCGGACGACGGUGGGACCGUGAGAGAAGAUGGCUCGCAGCCGACACCGCCGCCACCAGUGCCGAUAAGGAAUCUGGAGCACACAAACGCCGCCGCUGGAGGCCCUGAGGGAACGCUGCGCCAGCGAGCGGCUGUCCGCCGCCAGGCACCCGCCGCGGCGGAAUAGCUACGCCGUGCUGCUCUGCGCUUGUUGACAGUGCGGCCGCGCCAGUGACCAGUGCAACGUCCCCGGCUUCUGUUCAACAAACCAGGCCCCGACUAGGUGUGUCUUCGGGCAUAGCGCCUGAGAAGCAGGGCGCGUUUUGUGUCUCGUGCGCGGUGUGUGUGCAGCUCGAGUGUUUGCGAUGUCGGCGGUGCCCCAGACGCGCGACGUGGCCAUGUUUGAACUGGGUCUCAGGGACUACGGCUCCAGCUGGACUCGCCUUCAGGAGGCCCUCCGUGUGCAGCAGCAGCUGUACGGACCCGUGAAACAGGAGGAGGUGCCGCAGCCGAGUCCACCUGCCCGCUCGGACGAGGGAAGCGAGGAGAAGACUUCUUCCAAGGGCAAGUCCAGAGCUGGGCUGAUCGGGCUCAUCACUAGAAAGAAAGACGGCAAGAAAAAAGAUAAGAGGUUGUCUAAAUCACCCGAAAGGAAGGCUAAGGAACCUUUAUCGGAAGACGACGUUUCGGCAAAGCCCGAGUCUUUGACGGAACGCUCGUCUCUUAAGAGACCCGUACGCAAGGAAAUGCCUAACUCGUUCGUUCGGACACCGUCCAUCGAAAAAGGAGUGGAUGUUCCUGACGCGCCAGUGGAUAAGUCUCAAAGCCCAAAGUCCUUCUCGCGCAUGUCCGAAAACUUUGACUCCGACGAGAGGCUAUCGACAGAGGACUUUCGUAGCAACGGUGACGCGGGAAGUCCCGCCGAUGAAUUUCUGGUCAACGGAAACAGGCGACAGGAGUCCCCGGCAGAAAGAGAGUCUCGGGGACUCAAGAACGUCUUUGUCGACGACGACCACGGCGGCCAGCGAAAAAGCGCGCGAGCGCCCGUCAAAACCCCCAGGGGAAACAAGGGGGCAAGUCCGCCUCGCGACCGAGACGAGGUCGUCUACAGAAGGCCUCGUCAGAGGUCCUUCCGGGAAGACUUCUACGGCGAGAAUGGGCACGACGAAAAUUUCAACCGUCGAGAGCCCCAGCGUCGACCGAAUGAUCCUCAACACAGACAACGAUCGUCGAAGCAACAGUACAGCUUGAGCGAUCCGCCUUCCAGAGUCGAGAAUGGCGAUUCUCUCCCGGAUCAGUCAUUGACCAAGCCUAUGGACGAGCUGGAGCCGAUUCGCCCAUCAAGGGAGGUUGAUCGUGUAAUGUACAGGCGGGAAGUGGUUGAGCAGCCCAGAGGACAGUCGCAUUCAAGACCCGCUGUUGACAUAGAGCCGCACCGGUCUUCCAGAGAGGGCGAUAGAACCAGCUAUCGACGCGAAGAAAGCGAACCUCGGAGAGGGCGCUCCUUGACGAGACCAACGUCCGACAUAGAACCCCGUCGUCCUUCCAGAGAAGCCGAACGGGCGAGACACUCCCUCACGAGACCCAAUUCCGACAUCGAGCCGCAUCUUCCACCCAGAGAGGCCGAACGGUCCAGUUAUCGUCGCGACGAGAGAGACGUCGUGAGGGGACACUCGUUAACGCGGAACGAAGCCGAGCUGCAACGGCCGUCUAGGGACGCUGAAAAAGCGGGCUACCGCCGUGAGGACCCCGAAGCGCACUCAGGCCGCUCGGUCGCGAGGCACGCAGGUACCGGCGACGUCGAACUCCAUCGUCCGACGAGGGAAGCCGACCGCGCUGUUCACCACCGGGAGCAGCACGGACAAACACCGAGGGGUCAUUCGCUAACGAGGCCCACCGUCGAGACCGAGCCCCACCGCCCACCGCGGGAGGUCGACCGCGCAGGUCCCACGCACCGUCGGGAGCUAUCGCCUUACCGGCAGGAAGCGGACGAUUACAAUGACCGCCGUUCGAGACGGCAUGACUACGGUGAAGCGCGCACCAGGGGUGACGAAUCACACUCUCGAAUACGCGACUACAGUCCAGUGGAGAGGCGCCCCAACGGCCGCCUCGAGUCGAUGUCUUUUAAAAACCGACCACAGGUCGAUAGAGAGCCCCGCGUGUCAAACAGGGCUGACAGGCAAUCGCACAUCUUCAGGGAGGACACCGCAGAAAGGAACAAGGAUCACGACGAGUGGAGUGACAGGGAUGGCCGCCAACAGCAGAUGCCGCCGCAGCAUCAACGCAGGGACGUCCGUGCUGACCAGGAGCCCAGGAGCCCGCCUCACACCCAGCAGCAACACCAGCCGGUGCAGGCCACCGAUAGCAGCGUGCGGCCGCUGGGCUGCACGCGUUGUGGCGAUCGCGUCUAUCCCAAGGAGAUGGUGACGCCCAAGCCGGGCGUGCUCCUGCAUAGCGGCUGCUUCAAGUGUCGCGAGUGCGGCGUCAAGUUGACGCUGCAGACGUUCUUCACGAACCAGCGGGACACGCGGGACACCGACGUCUACUGCCGAACCCACGUGCCCCGCCUGGGACCAGGAACCGUGGACGGCAAUGCUCUCAACAUCCUCACCAGCAAGAACAGCCGGGAGAUAAAGUUCAGCCGGUACCCCAAGGCGAGCGACACGGAGCUAUCCUCGCAGGACGACGGCUGACAUAGCAAGUGGCCGCUCUCCUUGGCUUGGUCAAUUGGCCCGCAGAGGUGUCCUCAAUGAAGGCUUCCAGUACCUCGUCCUAUCCGGAAGACUAAAAACAAAAAACAGAAAAACUUGCUCAUCUCUCACUUCAUACAAUACGCGGAACGCCCCGCCACAUGAGUGACCAACGCUGAAACUUGUGUACAUAAUCGCGAGCAUCGUGCAUCCCAUGCAUGUGCAGCCGAAUGUGACCGGGAAUAUCACAGCGCUGGUGUUCGUGUCCCUUCUUCACCUCUGUCCUUGUUGUAUCGCGCUGAAUCCACUCAAUACGUUUAACGGAAUCAAACUCGCCCAAAUGUCAGUUCUUCUGCGGGAAUAACUGUUGUGCGUGAGAGCGUUGGUCACGUGACACAAUCGUUUAUAUGUUCGCAAGCGAGGAACUGUUGAAUACAGACACCGGUGACAGUGCUGUAUACACGAUAUGCCAUUUUUAGUCGCGGCUCGUCUUUGUGCUCGUGUAGCGCUGAAUUACUUGGAUACUUGUCAGUAUAUCUGUUGCCAGUAUCAGCUGGCAGUUGGAUAUCGUUGCCAGUACACAUAUCAACUUGACAUACCGAGUACAGAUGAUGUGAGUGGCAGCGCGCCCUUUCUUUCACCUAUAGUGGUUCCUCUUCUGCGGGACACGCGAAGUAUUCAAGCGGGCAAGGUGAGGAGAGUCUGCAGGUCUGCGAGAUACCACACGGGCUGUCCUAAACGCGUUCAAAUCCACCGUGUUAACAUCUUUGGUCGAUGAAGCACGGUCUAGCUCCCCUGUUAGCAAAUCAAACCCAACAAGAUGGCAAGUUCGAAGACGUUAAAGGACAUGUACAAUGUCCAAAACAGCGCUUGCGCUCGGGACGCGCGCUCGACCAAAACUUUCACGCCGCCGCGGCGACGAUGUCGAUGCGGUUGCUUCGCUCCUUCAGAUACAGGUGUAUCCUCAAGUUCUACCCUGACAUUCGUCCUCUCCUCGUGUAUUAAGCUCCUUUUAUCUUAACGGGGAGGGGAGGCGGGAUAUGCGAUGGUAUGCGUACACAUUCUCACUCUACGACUCACAUAGCGUAUUCAGUAAGUUCAUUACUCAGAGUUGCCUAUGAACCUAAUGAGCUGUCUAGUUAUUGCGGAAGUUGCCUUAAGUGUGGUUACCAAACUAACAGGUGCUCUAAGAGAAUCAUAUCUAUAUAUGUUGCUACGGCGAUCCAUCUUCCUAGCUGAACAGAUGCUCUACCAGGGCAAGACCAACAUUGCCGAAGGCCAUGUAUGCCGCAAGUCCGCAUACCCGUUUCCGUAGCACAAAGAGCGCCUUGGAUUCUUUAAUGCGAUGUUUCUUUUGAUCACCAACUCGUCGUACGAAAGCAGUAGAAGCUUAUUACUUGACUAUUAUACACGACAAAUGAUUGCUAUCAUUAGAGGUAUCGGUGAAUCACUACGCUAUCAAUAUACAAGAGUUUGCAGGGCGUACCAUGUCCUCUUUAUUUUAUUUUAUUUGGGAAUGGCGGGGCUUACAAAUUUGUACCGUGACGCAGGAACGUCGCCCCUGUUAAAACUCGUCAUAAAGGCAUAUAUUGACGUAUAGUGCGUACAUGGCUCAUGUAUUCGACGAUGGCAUAUGAUCCCAUGGAUAUGCGCUGUUUAAAAACAAGUAUGCUACAUAAUCGUCUUUUGAUAACGACUUUAGGACCGAGCUCCGUAAAUAUGGAGAAACUGUCAGAAGCAUUAAUUACUGGAUCUUCUCUCAUUACCCCGUGCAACAAUUUCCGAGCUGAAUGGACAGUUUGCUCGGCGUUAAACUUGUGUGAAAUGUUCUGCUACACCAGACACGUACUCGGCACCAGCAUUCACACCAUCUGGAACAUUGCAACAUAACCUGAACUUCUCUGCAUUCGAGAAAAAAAAAACAAAGUUGGGCUAGAAAGGGCUUGUAAGUUAAGUUAUUAAAGUAGGUAUAAAUGCAAGAACCUAAAUUAUGCUAAAGAUGCCUCACUGUUGUAGAGGAUAACAUAAAAGUACCAGAGACCACUUGCUCUGUUCGCUGAGCCAAAUUGACACUCCGAAACGGUUUGACAAUUGGACCAAGUCGAACAUAAAAUCACGCUAUUGCCACUAUGAACAGCCUAAAACGGAAUGCAGGUGUUUUCCAAGGAAGCACUGUAACUCGGAUUCAGUAUAAUGCACUUGUUUCAGCCGUCUAUCCAUUAUCUUACAGGACUGUACGGGAAGCUUUAAUGUUUCCGCUCUGCGAGUACGCGCCCUUGCCAAACACUAUUACAUACUUUCCCACUGUAAAAUGCACAGGCGACAUGAGUAUCUACGCAACAGAAAGCUAGUCACGUUUUCUAAAUAAUGAGCGUUAUGAAGCAGGAUAUAUACCUUCCUGGUUGGGAGCGAGAAAACGCUGUGUACUUACCACGCGUACGGGUCGCUUUGCGCCUCUCGUGAUCGCUGCAUAUUCAUUUUGGGGUCGCGUCUAUCCGUGUCGCAUGUUGAGGCCUUAGGUGGGCAUUGCGUCAAACAAGGGCCUCGUGACAAACGACACUCUUCUGUACCACGCUUGCUUUGUGGGCGUGCCCGGAGUCGAUCGUGAUAGCAUACGUAAAACACACGAGAGAAGCAAUAACAUCUCAGGGAUUUCCGGCGAGUGUUGUAUUGUAGCCUUAUAUCAAUUAUAUCACUUGCCAACGCAACGUUCGUAUGUACAUGCUUUCCGCCUAAAAAGUUUUUUUUUUUUUGUGUAGGAGCAAUAAUCUGUCGGUGCAGCAAAAAAUGUACAUUAACGCCACAUCCUCAUCUACAGCUUAUGCUUCGAAUGCAUUUUUAGUGAGAAGGAGUUAUUGGGAAGAACUGGCCGAAAGGGCUCUAUUAUUCCUAAUCACGGCCGUAAAGCUUUUUUCUUUCAGUGUUGUUACCGGUAAGAACUCAACCUGACGCAAGCGCUAAGACGAUCGACUCAUCGCACCCCCCUAAACAUCGCUGGUAACAUCUCUAAACCUGUAUUAUUGAACAUAGCCAUUCUAGCCGUAGCGUAAUAGUCCCGCCUGCGCCAUUUUGGAGCACGAGCGCGGCCAUUACAAGGCAUAGUGGCGGAUGACCAAGUAUUACGCGGAUGGCUUACCAUUCUCAGAGAACAGCCGACAGUGUAUUCAACGUGUAUCGAUUUUCGGCGUUGUGUACUAACCGAAUGUUGCAUGCGAAUGUGUGGUACUCGUUUCGAAUAAGAUCACUGUUAUGUAAACGCAUGCGAGUCAAGAACGACCGACAAUAAAAAAAAAUCUUGUUACUAGCGUGAAGAGAAUCAAGGUUUGUUUUCGUUUGUGUUUGUUUGUUUUUGUUCCAAGACUGCAAUUGUAUAAAAUUGAUUAAAUAAAACAUCACUACCUGAAAGUG